AUGGUGUCGAUGUCUCCCCUGAACUAUCUGGGCCUUGUCGUCUAUUUCGUGGUUCUGGUGGUGAGCAUGGUGGCCGCCUACAGGCAGCCCGUGAGCUUCCAACGGCAAGCCUUUUCCAUCGGCUUGAUUGCGGUGACGUGGUUCUAUAUCCUCCGCUUCUCCAUUACAUACCCGUGGACGCCCUGGUACGACGAGGGCUUGAACCUCUUCGAUGUCGCAUACGCCGACGUCAUUUGGGGUGGAGCUUCCGGCAUUUGGGGCCUGUCGCAGCGACUACUGACCUGGGCCAUCGUAGCCACGGUGUGGACGAUUGAAAGCCCCGCAUACUAUCAGCUGUUCGGCCUUUUCGGAGCUAUGUCUGGAAGCUACUGCCUGAUUCCUUUCCAUUCCCGGCCUGCGGAUAAGGUGCCAGCCUCGCUUGCUUGCUUCACCUUGCUGGCCUUCUGCUGUGUAUGGAUGCUACCCCACACCACCACCAUGAGGAGCUUAAGCUGGUGGCUUUGGCUCCUGCACGCGUGCUUGAUCGUGCCGAAGUUCGGCCACUGUGGCCCCCAGAUGGAUCGUGGAAUGCUGUACUUUGUGCUCGCGAUGUUGAGCUUCGCGACCCACAUCACCUCGACCUGCAGUGCGAUGCCGCAGUCGGACUGUCAAAUCUCUAUCUCCGUGGAUGUCUUGGCCUCCUCUGUACUGACAUGCGUCUUUGCCGCCCAGCACGUAUGCGUCCCGGAGCUGCUGCUGUGGACGGUGCUGGUCUUUGUCGCCUCCCCGGGCUUCGUCUUGGGCUGCGUCUGCGGCUUCUACCAGCAUGGACUCAGGUCCACCCUUGUGACAUUCAUCCAAAGAGUCGUCUCCAAGCUUGCCGGCUCGUCUCACUCGGGAUGGAUGAAUCUGGGGUACUGGCGGUCCACCACCGACUACCCCAUGGCCUGCAGACAGCUUGUGGAGGUAGUCGGCGGGGAAGCAGCCAUCAAGGAUUCUGACAACGUCUUGUGCGUUGGUUGCGGCCGGGGAGCGGAGCUUUCUUUCAUUCGCACCAAGUAUGGGCCACGACGUAUCGUCGGCCUGGACAAGGAGGUUGCGAGCGCAACUGGCGUGGAGACGAAGGCGGCGCGGGCCGAAAGCUUUGCUUCAGGAGUUAAUCGCAUCCUCCCGGGCGAGUUCAACAAGAUCUUAGCCAUCGACAGCCUCUACCACUUCGACAAGGCAAAGUUCUUCAGAGAAGCGGCCAAGGUGCUCAAGAUCAGGGAGUCCUUGAUCUUCACGGAUGUCGUUCUUCGGCCAAACUCACCCGCGUGGGUGCGCGUGUGCCUGUGUGCGAUGGACAUUCCGAUGUCCGGCCACUGGACCGAACAGGAACACCGGACCCAGCUGCAGGAAGCCGGCUUCCGCGUGACGUCCUGGAAGUCCUUGGAGCCCUUCGUUCUUCAGCCCUCUUUCCCCCGUGCGCUGGCGCAACACUUGGACUAUGUCCUGGUCAAGGCGGAGCUGUAUCAAGUUCUGGCCAAGCCAAGCGCUGCAGUUAUCGGUUCAGGUAUGAGUGGACUGAUCGCGGCCCACCUGCUACAGGAAACUCACGAUGUCAUCAUUUAUGAGGCUGGGCCAAAAUGCGGCCUCGUUGGUCUGCAAGAGGAGCUCACGCCCGGUGUCGCCGUGGACGUUCCCCUGCGCUUUAUGAUGCCCCACUACUACCGCCACCUGUUGGGAGUCAUCCGGGAGCUCGAGAUACCGGUCAGAGCAGUACCUUACAAUGCCGCGUACCAGAAGGGGACGAGCAUGCUGAUGGUUACAUCUACCAGCUGGUCAGAACAUAUCUGGCAACAUCUGAAGUAUGUUCCUUAUCUGGCCAAGCUGAUGUUCACGGUCUUCCUGUGCAAG